GUUUUUAUCGUCCAUCUAUCACGUUUUUAUCGUCCGUCUAUCAAAUUUUAGUGCAGGACAAACGUGUGGCUCCACAGCAUAACUGUACCGGGUGGAUUUUUUCUUUGAUGAGGAGCGCUUGAAUGGCGUGCUUCCCAGGCAUGUUAAUUAGACUUCUGCUGACGGCCAUUUUGCUUUUGCACCUCGGCGCGUCAUACCACGGGUCAAGGUUGAACAGAGUGCUGAAAGGUCAGGGGUCAGUGGAUCCGGAAGUGUACAUGACAGCGACUGAGCUGAUCACGAGCAAAGGCUACCCCUGUGAGAACUAUUACGUCAACACAGAUGACGGUUACAUCCUCAACACACUGCGGAUCCCACACGGCAGAAACAGCAGCCAUAUUAAAGGACCACGCCCAGUGGUCGUACUACAGCAUGGCUUUCUGGGAAGCUGCACCAACUUCCUGUCCAAUCCAGCCAAUGAGAGCCUCGCUUACAUCCUGGCGGAUGCUGGGGCUGACGUCUGGAUAGGAAACAGUCGCGGCACCAUCUACUCCACCAACCACACACACCUGGACCCUAAGGAAGAUGCAUUCUGGGAGUUCAGCUGGGAUGAGAUGGCCAAAUACGACCUUCCUGCUAUGAUCUACUUUAUCCUGGCCAAGACUGGAGUAGAUCAAGUCUACUACGUUGGCCACUCACAGGGAACUACUAUUGGUUUUGCGGAAUUCGGAGAAAAUCAGGAACUGGCCUCCCAUAUAAAACAUUUUAUAGCCAUGGCGCCUGUUGCGCAAGUAUGGAACACCGAAUCGCCCAUAAAGCUGCUUGCACCUUUUGCUAAAGAUAUUGGGGUUUUUCUGACGUUGUUUGGCCACGGUAAAUUCAACAUUGAGCCGUCAAUCAUGCGGCUCCUGGCCGGGAACCUGUGUAACACCUGGGGGAACCUGCUGUGUGAGAACGUUCUGUUCCUGCUAGGAGGUUACGACUUUCAGUCAUUGAACAAGAGCCGUAUCCCUGUGUACGUGGCGCAUAACCCAGCGGGUACCUCCGUGAAUAACGUCUUACACUGGGCUCAGGCUAUAAACUCCAAAAACUUCCAAUAUUUUGACUAUGGCUCGAUACAACUCAACAUUAAGCACUAUGGCCAGCCCACCCCGCCCUUGUAUGACCCCAAGAAGGUCAAGGUCCCCGUGGCUGUUCUACGAGGUGACCGGGACUGGCUUGCUGACCCCACGGACAUCGCCUGGCUCCUCCCACAGAUCCACGUGACCCAUGACGUCAGAAUACCCCACUACGAGCACCUAGACUUUAUCUGGGCGUUCGACGCCCCAGCACUGAUCUACAACACGAUUCUAAACAUUGUCUUCUCGCGAUAACCCUACAGUAGAAAUAAAGUUGU